GACGGAUACUUGCACAGAUUUUAAAGCAUACCUUCCUUUGUCCGAAGAAAGGAAAGCCAAAAGAAGCAGAAAGGAAUGGCUUCGCAGAUCUGAUAUAUGCCUUCGGCUUCUUGCCAUCCUUCCGCUCCUUCCACAUACAAACUAACAGGCAGCUGCCACCGCCGCCCAUUCGAGCCGGCAAUGCCCACCGAACUCAGCUCGCCGCCAACCCUGUUCAUCUCGCGGCCGGUCCAUAGGACCCUCACCAAGCGAGUCGUCAAGCUCAUCUGCUCCGCCUUCCUAUCCCUCCUCCUCGCCGCCUGCGUCCUCCUCUUCGUGCUCUGGCUCGCCCUCCGCCCCCACCGCCCCCGCUUCCACGUAUCCUCAUUCUCCGUCACCGGCCUCUCCGCCAACGGCUCGGCCCCUCUCACCUUCUCCUUCGAGGUCGCGGUCCGGAACCCCAACCAGGAGAUCGCCGUCUCCUACGACUCAGUCUUCGUCUCGGUCUACUACCGGGACGACCGGGUCGGGGCCGCGGCAGCCCCGGCGGCGGGACCGUUCUUCCAGCCGCCGAAGAACACGACGGUGAUAAGCGGGAAGGCGGCGGGGGUGGCGCCGGCUGCGGCAGCGGGGACGGUCGCGCGGGAGGCGAGGGCGGGCUCGGUGGUGUUCCGACUGCAGCUGGCGUCGGUGGUGCGGUUCAGGAUGUCGACGUGGGACACGCACCGGCACCACCUCCACGUUAGCUGCGACGUGGAGGUGGGGCCCGACGGUCUCAUCACGGUGGGCUCCAAGGACAAGCGCUGUUACAUCUAUUUCUUGUAG